AUGGCAGAGGAGACGCAGGAAAAUGAGCUCGUGGAGGAAGAGGAAGUGACACAAAUCCCAGGCUGGGCCCCUGCAGUAUCACUGGACCUGCAGGACGACUUCAUUAGCAGAUGGAUGCGUGGGAAGACGGAUCCAGAAGUGCCAACAGGGGAAGAGGACGAAGAUGAGAUUUACUCACAGCGCUCCAAGUUGUAUCGCUUCAAAGAUGGCGAAUGGAAAGAGCGAGGGCUGGGAGAAUCGAAGCUGCUUCGCCAUAGGGAAAACGGCAAAAUUCGAUUCAUGAUGCGACAAGAGAAGACGGGCAAGAUUGUGGCAAACCACUAUCCCUACGACUAUCCGCCCUAUUGCGAGCUGAAGUUGAACACAGGUAGUGACAAAUGUUGGGUUUGGACGACGAUGGACUACUCAGAGGAGAGCGACGAAGUGCAGGUGGAGCAGUUUGCGCUUCGCUUCAAGGAGGUGGAUCUGGCCCAACAGUUCUUUGAUGCCUUCAACAAUGCCAAGGAUGAGAAUGCCAAGGCUGGCAGUGACCUUCCCAACAAAUUUCAUGCCCAGACUGCUGCAGCAUGUGACCUUUCACCUGUUGCAAGCCCUGCACUUGUAGAUGAACAUAUAUUUCGACAUAGAAAACAUGAAAAGAAAAGGGAUCGUUGCUUUCCUAUCAAUUUUUCACAUUCCCAGACUUGGUUCAAGGGAAAAUUGAAACCGGAAACCUCUUACAGAAUGGGGGUACGAAGCAGGUUUCAGCUGCAGAUUUUCCCUGUAGCAACCCCGAAAAAGAUGCAGAAUUGGCAAACAAGUCCGAUUCCAAAAUCGUUUUAA